AUGUCCAUGUUACGGAAGUACAUGCUUGAUCCUUCUCAUAUCCUGGAAUAUCAACCUGUGGAGUUGAGAGAAGAUUUGUCAUAUGAGGAGAAACCAGUGAAAAUUCUGGAUAGGAAGGAACAAGUGUUGUGCUCUAGAUCCAUCCUAGUAGUGAAGUUGUUAUGGAUGAGUCAAACUGUUGAAGAAGCUACUUGGGAGCCCGAGGCGCAAAUGCGAGCCAAAUACCCUUAUCUCUUCCAUUAA